CGCAGAGCCGUGGCUCCUCUUUGCGUGACGGACCCAGCGGAACUUCCUGUUAUUGAACGGCUACCUGUUUGCGCACAACACAAACGUUAUGGAGGAUUAGCAGGACACUUUGUUGUUUUUUUAAUUUUCAUUAGCUGCUAGUGAAUUCUCCCUUGUGAAUCGGUUUAGUUAUUUCGGUGUAAACAGAAAAGCGUCGGGAUGCCCAUGUCGGACCGAUCCAGCUCCGACCGGAUCGAGCUGAGCCCGAGGCCGCGGAGACGGAGUCGCUCCCGCAGCCGCAGCCGGAGCUCCGGGCGGCGGAGCCUUUCUCCGGACAGCUUCGGCCCCAAGCUGCCGAAGCCCCGGAACAGGGAGAGGGAGCGGGAGGAGCGGGAGCGUCGGCUCAGAGAGGCCAGGAACAUCAAGAGGUUUCGGAUAGGAAGCCCACGCCGCAGCCGCUCCAGGUCCCGGUCCCGGUCCAGGGAGCGGCACGGCAGCCACUGGAGCGACGGAGCCGUCAAAUAUGGCGGCUUCAGAGACGAGUACUACGAGCAGCAGCGGGACGACGCGCAGCGCCAGAGACAGGAGGCUUUCAUCGCCAGGCGUCUGCAGGAGAGGGAGAGGAUCGGUGAAUUAGGUUCACCUGAAGUCUGGGGAUAUUCUCCAAGAGUGAAAGAGCCAGACUCUGACGAAUUCACGCCAGUCGAAGAUGAGAAAAACAGCAGUUCAGAUUCCAGCUCAGAAGAAGACAAGAAAAAGAAGAAGAAGAAGAAGAAGAAGAAAUCCAAGAAACGGAAGAGCAAAAAGCACUCGGAGGACAGUGAGUCUGAAUCCGAAUCAGAAGAGGAAGAAAUAAAGAAGAAGAAAAAGAAGAAGAAGAGCAAGAAGUCCAAGAAGUCCAAGAAGAAGAAGGCCAAGAAGAACCACAAGCCGUCCAGUGAGUCCAGCAGUGAGCAGUCAGAAGAGGAAGAGGAGGAAGAGGAGGAGGACGAUGCUAACGGGGUGAUGUGGGUGGAGAAAACCUGCAUGGAUGAGCACCUGGUGGGACCUGAGGCUCCACUCACCCACCUGUCCCAGGACGACAGGCCUCUGGACUUCGGCCACGCCCUGUUGCCAGGUGAAGGUGCUGCCAUGGCGGAGUACGUGAAAGCAGGCAAACGCAUCCCGAGAAGAGGAGAGAUCGGACUGACCAGUGAAGAAAUUGCAAACUUUGAGAAAUCUGGCUUUGUGAUGAGCGGUAGCAGGCAUCGCCGCAUGGAGGCUGUGCGUCUGAGAAAGGAAAACCAGAUCUACAGUGCAGACGAGAAGCGAGCUCUGGCCUCCUUCAACCAGGAGGAGAGGAGAAAGAGGGAGAGCAAGAUCCUGUCCAGUUUCAGGGAAAUGGUGUACAGGAAGACCAAAGGCAAGGAGGAGAAGUGAACGAUGGACUCAGCCCGCCGUUUCUCUGACACGUUUUCUUUUCGUCUUCCCCUGUUGUAUUCUCACAUCGUUCUGGAGAAGACAGUCUCAUGAUAUUCUGCUUUAUAGGAAUGUGCACUGUGGAGUAAAACUUUGCAUUGUAAUGAAAACAAGUGUCUGUAAGUGUGUACUUAAAAAAAAAAUGUGUAUAACUGAGUCAGCUGCAGCUGGGUCUGUUUUGUAUUAUAUUCUCCAGACUUGACCAGAUGGAGCCAGUCUUGCAACCUUUUAUUUUCCUUUUGUAAAUUUUCUUAUGUGAUCCUGAACAGAAUGGUUAAUAAAUUCUCUCAUUUAUUCUUCCAUUA